GUCAAAAGAUUCCGCGUACCGCAGAUUGUUUAUAUUUGGUUUCCCUCUCCGCUUGUGUGUUAUUUUCUACUUUCGGCGCGAACUAUACGAAAAAAUUCGAUUUUAAUAUGAGCGAAAAGGAAACAAGUCGUCGGAAACGUGCUUCUGGCGAACCGGAAGUGAAAACGCCUAAUGAUGAUGCUAAACAAUCGUUUGAACAACCAGAACCGGAAGAGAAUAAGGAUGCCGAUGGCGAAGAUGAUGACGAUGGAUGGAUAGGACCAAUGCCAUCAGCUGCCGCACAACCCAAGAAAAGAAAAGUUUUAGGAUUUGAAAAGCUCUACAUCGAAAACCUACCCGAUGCGGAAUGUUACGAGAAAUCUUUCAUGCACCGGGACACCAUCACUCACCUGGUGGUGACGAAAUCGGAAUUCAUCGUCACAGUCAGCGUGGAUGGGCACGUAAAGUUUUGGAAAAAGAUGGAGCUGGGUAUCGAGUUCGUGAAGCACUUCCGCAGUCAUUUGGCUCCGAUUAAUUAUCUGGCAGUAAACUGCAGCGGCACAUACCUUUGCACGGCCUCGGUCGAUAAAAGUAUCAAGGUGUUUGAUGUGAUUAACUUCGAUAUGAUUAAUAUGCUAAAGCUAGAGUACAUCCCGUAUCGAGUGGAGUGGAUUCAUCGGAUGGGCGACGUGAUUAGCUACCUGGCAGUAGCGGACCUAGAUUCACCGGUACUAAGAAUUUAUGAUGGAAAAGGAACAAACACACCGUUGCACACCAUUGAAAAUUUACACACAAAACCGGUAGUGAUGAUUCGGUACAAUCCUGCUUACGAGGUAACCAUUACGAUCGAUAAAGCAGGAAUAUUGGAGUACUGGUUUGGACCGCGCCAUGAUUUUAAAUUUCCCUCCAAACUUGUACACUUUGAAUCGAAGCUUGAUACUAGCCUGUACGAGUUCGCGAAGAACAAAACUAUCGUCACGUCUUUAAGCUUUUCUCCUGAUGGGAAGAAGUUUGCUACCAUGUCCACUGACCGGCAGGUGCGUGUUUUUGGAUUCCUUAGUGGCAAGUUGCUGCGAGUGUACGAUGAAAGCUUGGCACGGUAUAGUGAAAGUCAGCAGCUAUCACAAACGUUAUCGAAUAUGGAAUUCGGACGCCGAAUGGCCAACGAGCGUGAUCUGGAAAAAUCGGAUGCGUUUGCCAAUAUGAAUGUAACAUUCGAUUACAGUGGUAAUUUCAUACUGUAUCCGACGAUGCUUGGCAUUAAGCUGGUUAACAUAGUGACGAACCGAUGCGCAAAAAUAAUUGGAAAGAAUGAUAAUUUGCGCCCACUUAAUUUGGCACUUUUUCAGGGUAAAGUAAAAUUUUCGAAAGCAGCUACCACACUCGAACAAGAAGCGUCGGAAAAUAAGGCAGCGCAAGCAACACCGAACGAUCCAACACUUUUCUGCACGGCAUACAAAAAGCAACGAUUCUACCUCUACACAAGACGGCUGCCGUCCGAUUUGCAAGAUAUGGAACGCGAUGUGUUUAACGAGAAACCUUCCAAGGAAGAUAUCAUUUCCGUUACGGAAGGACAGGGUGUACAAAAGAUCUACGACAAUGCUGUACUACACACGACGAUGGGUGACGUUCAUUUGCGUCUGUUCGGCAAGGAGUGCCCCAAGACGGUGGAAAAUUUCUGCGUCCACAGCAAAAAUGGCUAUUACAAUGGGCAUUUGUUCCAUCGUGUGAUCAAAGGCUUCAUGAUUCAAACCGGUGAUCCAACAGGCACGGGUACUGGUGGACAAUCGAUUUGGGGUGGUGAAUUUAAGGAUGAGUUUUGUUCAACACUUAAACACGAUCGUCCGUACACGGUCAGCAUGGCGAAUGCAGGUCCGAACACGAACGGAAGUCAAUUCUUUGUCACCGUACUACCUACGCCCUGGUUGGAUAAUAAGCAUACGGUGUUUGGACGUGUACAUAAAGGUAUGGAAAUUGUGCAGAACAUAUGCAAUGCCAAGACGAACCCGAAAACCGACAAACCGUACGACGAAAUUCGGAUCAUUUCAAUCAACUUAUCUUAAAACAAUUAUAAGCAAAUCAAUAAAACAUUGAAAUGACAACCGUAAGCCCGAAGAUUGCAACCGAUCAAGUUGGUAA